AUCCGUGUUUCGCCCCCCGCUUUUCCGUUCAGCUUUGUAUCCGCUUUCUUCAGCCAUGACCUGUGCUCCGGCCACCUCAGCCUCUUCCGCCCUUGCUUCCACGCGUCUGCUCACGAGGCUGGAAGACCUUGCCUCGUUCUAUCAGAAACAACUUGAUUGGGUCGAAACCUGGCGUGUUGACGUCUCCAUGGACUCUGACGACGAGUCAGACAUGGGCGAACUUGACGACGAUAAACCAGAGGCGCCGUCGUCCGACGAUAAACCAGAGGAAGAAGAUUCUCCGAUUUUGAAAUCUAUCAAGUCGGCGGCCGUACGCCGGUUGCACUGGCGCAGACAGAUAAGAUCGCUGGAACUAAAGCUGAACGGAGUGGCCCGCCGGCGUCAUCACCGCAUCCCCUCCUGCCCUCGACUUGCCUACCCGGAACACCGAUUGGGCCCCGCCAGACCCGAAGACAUCUUGCACAUGUUCGAUGAUAUGAUAGCGACUCGCAUGAACAGUUGCCGUCGCAUGCGCAGUCUGCUCACCGCAAGGGAGACCCGAAGCAGCGUUGAGGACAAGGGAUCCACCAGCCUUGUUGCCCCGAUUUGACUGUAUAUGCCGGUUGAUCCUGCUUGGCUGCGCUCGUUGAUUAUGUAUCCCAUGCUCCAUACCUUAGUCCACUGUCUUUAUUCAUAUGUCUUCAUAACACACACAUGUUGUUC